AUGCAAGGAGAUAAAGUGGCAAAAAGAUCCUCUUUGGGAAACAUGAUGAGAAGGGGUCUUUCAGACGUUACUAAUUCUUUGCCACUGCCCAAGUCUAUAAUCAUUUCUGAAAAGUCACAGCCGGAUUCUGCUUCUGCUUCUGCUUCUGCUUCUGCUAAAGACUACAUCGAUAAUCUUAUCAAGGAAAAUAUGGCCAUGGUGAAGCUUAUUCAAGAGAAAAAUAAAAUUGUAGAAUUGACUGGAAUUGAGAUUCAGAAUUUGAGAGCCUGUCUUCAAAAGAUGCAGAUGCAGAACUGGAAUCUUGCUCAAUCAAAUAGUCAUAUGUCAGCGGAACUUAAUUUGGGUAAAGAAAGGUUAAAAGCGCUACAGCAUGAGAUUGGGUGUAAGGAAGCACUUCUUAGAACAAAGAAUCUUGAACUCAAGGAAGUAGUGAACAUUCAAAACAAUCAGUUGCAGGAACCUGAGGACAACAAAACUUGCAAUGCGAACCAGAGGCGUAACUCUAGAAGUCAAUCUUUGGGCCCUUUAACAAUAUGUCAACAAGCUACUCAAAAAGAGGCGGGGGAUAGCAAAAGACGCUGUCUAAGAAGACAAUCUGCUAUUUCUAGAAUCCAACAGCAGGAACCGAAUGAGAAUUUGUUUGAGAUAGAAGAUGUCAAGUUUCCAGUUGCAAUACCUGCAAAUAGUUCGGCUUGUGCAGACGGAUCAUCUCAAGUGUCUUCAUCUAAUAAAAAAGAAGAUUUUGACUAUGGUCAUGACUCUGAUUUCGAAACUCAGGAAUCACGAAGAACUUCUAUUACGAGACCAAUGCGAAGAGCGGUCGAAAAAGUUCAAUCCUACAAAGAAAGACCUGUUAACAUCAAAAUGAGGAGAACUUAA